GGGGUGGGGCCUAGUGUGGGCGGGGCCGGCCUGGUCCCCCGUGGCCAUAUUGACUCCCAGCCCUUCCCUACGGCUCCAUUGCUUCUGCACCGGGGCUUCCGCUACAGGAUCAUCAGCCCGUGGUGCAGACAAAAAAAAAAGAAUCAGGAGAAUGGCGUUGAAACAGGUUUCCAGCAGCAAGAGCUUUGGAGGAUUCCAGAAAGUUUUUGAACAUGACAGUGUUGAAUUGAAAUGCAAGAUGAAAUUUGCUGUCUACCUGCCACCAAAGGCAGAAUCUGCAAAGUGCCCUGUAUUGUAUUUUCUGUCUGGUUUGACUUGCACAGAACAAAAUUUUAUAACAAAAUCUGGCUUUCAGCAAGCUGCCUCAGAACAUGGCCUUAUUGUCAUCGCUCCAGAUACCAGCCCUCGUGGCUGCAAUAUUAAAGGAGAAGAUGACAGCUGGGACUUCGGCACUGGUGCUGGAUUUUAUGUGGAUGCCACUGAAGAUCCGUGGAAAACCAACUAUAGGAUGUACUCUUAUGUAACAGAGGAGCUUCCCCAGCUCGUAAAUGCCAAUUUCCCAGUGGACCCCCAAAGGACAUCUAUUUUUGGCCACUCCAUGGGAGGCCAUGGAGCUCUGAUCUGCACUUUGAAAAAUCCUGGAAAGUACAAAUCUGUGUCAGCAUUUGCUCCAAUUUGCAACCCAAUGCUCUGUGUUUGGAGCAAAAAAGCCUUUGGUGAAUUUUUGGGACCAGACCAAAACAAAUGGAAGGCUUAUGAUGCUACCCAUCUUGUGAAAUCCUAUACAGGGUCUCAGCUGGACAUACUAAUUGAUCAAGGAAAAGCGGAUGAGUUUUAUGACCAGUUACUCCCUGAGAACUUCAUAGCUGCCUGUACAGAAAAGAAAAUCCCUGUUGUUUUUAGAUUACAAGAGGGUUAUGAUCAUGGCUACUACUUCAUUGCAACCUUUAUUGCUGAUCACAUCAGACAUCACGCCAAAUACCUGAAUGCAUGAAAAGCUUCACAGAAGAGAAUCACUUCUGGAUUAUGAAAGUUCUAAUAAAGAGAAUUGCUGCAAGAUUUCAAAACAUUGGAUUUUAUAGUGCUAAAAUGGUUUCAUUCUACAAUUGAAUCACCUUCUGAAUAAACAAACCUACUUUUGACUUA